CCCUCUGCACGACUGUGAGAGUAAAGCUGUUAGUGGCUUGAAUAGCCUUAGUCAUAAAGCAGAAAGAACCAAACGAGUGGUUUGUUUGGAUCGUUAUAGCGUUACCUCUAAUUAUUCGCGAUUAAUUUUUGACCAAACGAUAAUUUUGCUCAUCAAAAAUCAUCGCCAUUAUUAAAACUAAUUACCUCACCUUGAUUGAUGGGGUUUUAGAAUGAUUAUGUCCGUGAAUUUCAAUCACGAAAUCUGAAGUUUGAUCGACGGAACCGACUCGAAAUUCAAGCGGCAACCCCAGCGGACGAAUAUCGGUUUAACCGAAAUCGCUUACUGAUGCUUCCAGAAACUGAAUUCUGAAAAGAAAGCAAUUGUUCAUAUUAGCAGAGAUGCUUCUAGUGUGCGUUUUAUUAAUUUAAGUUGUAUUAUGUCUUAAAAAAGAACUUUUAAGCGCCAGUUCCGGGAGUCAUUUUCGAAAUUAGAGAAUUACCAGCAUGAUUCUGACUUUUAUAUAAUUCUUUUCUGAAGAGUAGAAUUAUUCUUUAAACAAAUAAGUGGAACAUUUUCAACAAAGUGGAAGAACUUUAAAUCAAAAUGUUGAUCUCCGAAGAAGUGAUAGGGACCGAGGAAUCGUCUCGGUCUCCCCAAGCUGUGACCAAGCCUCAACCCUGUCAAAGGGCUACUGACUUUUCAAUAGCUGCAAUAAUGGCAAAAGAUAUUGCUGUUGCUCCUAAAAGACGAUCUAGUCCUUUUCAAGGCUUUGACAGUCAACAACACACGAGUAAUGGUGAAUCAGAUCCUCGUUCCUGCUAUGUACCACCUCAACCCUCCCGGUUAAAAUCCUUACCAUCUCAGCAACCAGAUUCCGGUAUAGUGUCACCCCGUUCCUCUGUUUCUUCGGACUUGGAAGAAACGAUGAGCCCUUCGCCCCGGCCGGGUUCAUCCCGCCCCAGCUCGGAGGCAGGAGAAGGGGAAGGAGGCAGCAGGGAGGGGGAAUCACCCCGACCGGCAAGCAAUGGUCAACAGCAGGGAUCGGGCAGCAGUUCUUCCCGGUCAGCUAACAAUCCUUAUGCCGGUUUGUCCAAGCCCCGGUGCAAUAGCGAAUCCUUACAAGGCGUCGACUGUCUUUUGGAAAAUAAAGAUCUCUGGGACAAGUUUCACGAACUCGGAACAGAAAUGAUUAUUACCAAAACUGGAAGACGUAUGUUCCCCACAGUCCGAGUUUCUUUCUCUGGAGCAGAACUGCACAGCAAAUACUUAGUGUACAUAGACAUCGUACCAGUGGACAAUAAAAGGUACAGGUACGCGUACCACAGAUCAUCUUGGCUAGUGGCUGGUAAAGCAGAUCCACCCUCCACCCCAAGAUUGUACUUGCAUCCAGAUUCACCUUUCACUGGAGAGCAACUAAAGAAACAAGUUGUUUCCUUCGAGAAAGUCAAACUGACCAACAAUGAGAUGGACAAACAAGGACACAUUGUUCUUAACUCAAUGCACCGGUAUCAACCUCGUAUCCACCUGGUAAAAAAAUCUGGAAAUACAAAUUUAACAAUUUCGGAAGACCUUCUGAAGGAAGAAUACCGGACCUAUAUAUUUCCUGAAACUGUUUUCACUGCAGUUACAGCUUACCAAAAUCAACUGAUCACCAAAUUAAAAAUUGACAGCAAUCCAUUUGCCAAAGGUUUCAGAGACUCUUCAAGGCUAACAGAAUUAGAAAGGGAGUCAAUGGAAACGUUGAUGACAGAGCAUACUUACUCAAGGACUCCGCUACGUCCUUUCAUGGAUGAAAGAGAUGAGUUGAAUUGUUUGCUCAUGCGCGACAAGGCUGAAAUGUUAGGCCUUACAUCUAGGCCACCCUAUUACUGGAGAAACCCAGCUUCGGGAUACUCUGCUGGUGAUUCCUACCCACUUCUGGCAUCCCAAGCAGGAUGCUUACCACCUCAUUCCUAUGGAUUUUCUAGAGCAGGGGCCAUGAUGGUACCGCCCCAUGUACUUCAGCACUGGGCUUCAAGCCCCGCGUCUUUAUCUGGACUAAGUCAGUAUAAUAUGCUGAUGAACAAUAUGGCCUCUGGGGCAUGUCCACCGCCUAUAGGUGCACUGAGGCCAAUGCCUAGUCAUCCUACAACAACUGAAAGUUCACAAAAUCAUCGAUAUAUGCCUUACAUAUAUGCCAGAAAAGAACAGACCAAUGGCAAUGAUGCAGAAACAACGUCACCAGGUUUGAGGUGAAAUGUGAACGUCGCCAAAGAAUUUUUUCUCUCCUUUUUUUUUGUGGUUUUUGAUUUGAAGUUGUAGCCAAAGACAUGAAUCGAUGACUGUUCAGUGAAAUAAUUGAUUACGCUGGGAGAGGAAAUUAUUGCCGAGUGAAAAAAAAAUUAUUUGAGAGAUUUUUGCGAUGAGUCGUAAAUAAUGUGUAAAUGUGUUCACCGUGUGUAAAAUUGUGAAAACAAGAAAUCACUUUGUGCAAGCUAAAAUGCAUUUGUUACAGACUAUUUUAAGACAAAUGUUUGCAAACUGAACCAAAAUAAAAAGCACCAAAAUCGUAAAUAUCUAUUAUGUGCCGAAAAUCUACAAUGAGCAAAAUUUAAAUAUUGCCCAUUGUGGGUAAAUAUAAAAUAAAUGAUAACUAUUAUUAUUUAUCUAAAUUAAUUUUAUUCAUUUGAAAGUGGUAAAAAGCUUAGCAUUUCUGAGCAUUUAGGGUAAUAAGAGGAAUAAUUGUAUCCAGUCAAAAUAAAAUUAAUUACAAGUAUAAUGCAGUGAUUAAUAGUUAUUCAUGUAAUACACAAAUAGUAUUCAUAUAAUUAAUAAUUAAUAUUCACAUUAUUAAUAUUCAUACAAUACUUCAAAUAAUAUAAUAAUAAAUAAUAUAAUAAUAAAUAUUGUAUUAAUAAAUAAUGUAAUUAUAAAUAAUAUAAUAAUAAAUAAUGCAAUCCCAAUUUUAUGCAUUUGUAUAUGAACUAUAUACAACGAUAGAUCCUUGCUUAUAUAGAAUUAUAAUAUUGUGUUUCCUAAUAUGAGUUUAUGAAUAACGAUAAAUAAUUCAGCAUAGAUACACAUUAAAACGUUUCGAUUAUAUGUUUGCAUAAAAAGAAGUAUAAGAUUAAAAAAAAAUAUUAUUAAUUUCUUUACAAAAAAUGCAUACAUGUCUAAGUUCUAAAGGAAUUAAAACAACUAUUUUUUUUUUUGCUAUACAUUUAAAAAUUGAACAGUAUAACGAUAAGUCAUAUUUCUAAAUUAUCCAGAAAAACUGUUCUAAGAUGUUGAAAAACAUUUAGAUUUACACGUAGGGAAUAAGAAUUUUGUGCUGCCAUCUAGUGAAAACUUUGGAAAUUUGCAACUACAUGGAUGCAAUACUAAGGAACAGUUUCAUGUAAGGAUAUAACAUUUGGGGGAAAAAGUCUUAUCAUUAUAUUGUUCAAAACUCUUCAUUUUUAGGACUGACUUUGUUUAAUUCAUUUAAAUAGGAUACGAUUUUGAAGCUUUUUAUUUAUCUCGCCGAUGAGAGUUGCACAAAUACAUGUUCUACCGUGUAUAUAAUAUAUUUUCUUGAUUCAUACUCUAUUAUGUUCCUUCAAAUAAUAAGUCUUUCAACUGACACGUCUAGUAAAAAAAUGUACCAAAGAUUGUAUAAUUUCUAUUUAUAUGUAAUAAAAUACUGUAAAAUUGUGUAAUAUAUUCAUUGUAAAUUAUUUGUUUUGCUGUUAAACGAUUUUGUCUAAGAAAUAUCUGUCUUAUAUAGUAUGCAUUCAAUGUAAUAGUACAUUUUAGAAGAAAAAAAAUAUCCUUUUUUUUUUCUAAUAACAUUGUAAAUAUAUUACAAUUAACGGACUUGUAAAACUAAUAUAUUUUUUAUUAUUCAACUUAAGACAUGACAAUUACGACAUAGGUAUGCUUUUAUGAAAAACUUUAAAAUAUAUUUUUAUGCAUUUUUAAGAAAUUGACAGACAUUAUAAAUUAUUGUUUCCUUAAAAAUCAUUCAUGAAAAUGUUACUCAAUUAUUUGUUAGAUAUAUUGUAAAUUGGAAACUGUGUAAAUAUAUUGAUUAUAUAAAUGUAGGUUUUUAUAUUGUGCUUUAUAAGAAAAUUUGUAGAGUACUUAAACUUUAGUCGUUAUGUUGUGAUGCCGAGUAGUUGGAAGAUGAAUUCUUAUAAAUUAUUUAUGUUUCCGAAAAAGCAUUUAUUCUGAAGUCAGUUCAGAAAAAUCUUAUCGAGUGUUCAUACUUGUUCAAAAAUAUGUUUGCAUUUAUGAGCAUUUAAAGAAGGAUUUCCGAAUUAAAACUUUUUUUUUUCAUGAAUAAAUGACUUAUCCUGA